AUGGGCUUCACGGUAUUUGUAAUGGCUGCAUUUCACAGAAUACCAUGUGUUAUCUUACCUGAUCGGCCUGUGUCCAACGAGUUUUUAUCUUCGGUGAUUGAUUCCCUCAAGCCAACCGCUGCACUAGUUGCCCCCUGCAUUCUCGAGGAUAUGUCUACGUCUCCUAAAGCUAUGGAAGCACUUUCAACUCUAAGGCACGUAUACUAUGGGGGUGGUCCGCUUGCAUCCGAAAUUGGGAAUAAGAUCUGCCAGCGAACCAAACUAAUCAACUUUAUUGGGAUGACCGAAGCCGGAUUUGUUUUGUCUUUGGUUCCCCAGGAAAAGGAGGACUGGUCUUACUUUGAGUGGAGCCCAUCAUUCGGGAUUAAAAUGGAACCAAUGGAUGAUGGUAGGUCUGAAAUGGUCAUACUCAGAAAUGAGAAGCCGGACCUCCAGCCCAUUUUUAAUACUUUCCCUGAACUAGAUGAAUAUCACACAAAGGAUGUUUACACUCCACAUCCAACAAAACCGAGGCUCUGGAAAUUUCAGGGUCGAAUUGAUGAUGUGAUCGUACUUAGCAACGGCCAGAAAUUCAACCCUGUUACCAUGGAGAAAAUUAUCGAGGGCCAUCCGCUAGUUUCACGCGCUGUUGUGAUUGGAUUAGCAAGGUUCCAAACAGCGUUAUUAGUGGAACCUAACUGGAAUCUUUGGGAUGAAAGCGGCUCCAAAAACCAAUUUGUUGAUGAAAUCUGGCCUACGGUACGAGAAGCAAACAACAUUAGUCCAGCUUAUGGACGGGUUAUGAAGAACAGGAUUGGCCUAGCAUCUCACAGCAAACCUUUCAGCACCACGCCAAAGGGAAGUACGCAGAGGCGCCUUGUAAACGAUAACUACAAGGAAGAAAUUGAUAAGCUGUACACGAAUCCGGCAGAUCAAGCGUUUGACUAUGCGUUCCAUAAGUCGGCUGAUCUAGGCAGUGUCAUGGAAUCAGUGCGGGAGAUUAUAUGCGACUCUAUUGGCCUACCCACAAUUGCGGAUGAGACAGAUCUUUACAGCGUGGGAUUUGAUUCCUUGCAAACCUUUCAGCUGAGUAUCGUUCUCAAUAGAACAGGGUUCACUACCUUAACGCCUCAGAUGAUAUAUGAACAUCCCACUGUUGGAAAGCUGUCCAACUUUUUAUUUGCGCUCCUAAAUGGCGUCGAAAGCAAUGGCAUUUGUCGCUCAGAAAAUGUCAACUUGCUUCUUAGCAAGUAUACAGCUGGUCUCCCAGACCUCGAAGCCACCAAGACCCAUUCCGUGAUAUUGACUGGAUCCACAGGCUCUCUUGGUACUUAUCUGCUUCAUCGUCUUCUCAGCGAUAACAGUGUCGCCAAAGUAUACUGUCUGAACAGAUCAAACGUGGAGGAACGGCAAACUAAGAGCUUUGACCACAAGGGACUCAAAACUGAACUCCUGGAAAAGGCCGAAUUUCUUACUGCUUCACUAAGCAAAGAGCGACUUGGUCUGGAAAAGGAGAAAUACGACGAACUCAUCUACACGGUAGAUACGGUUAUCCACAAUUCCUGGAGAAUGGACUUCAAUAUUUCCCUGCAUUCGUUUGAGGAUCAAAUACAAAGUGUUCGCCGGCUCAUUGACUUCAGCUUGCAGAGCGUACGCCGCGCUCAUUUCUAUUUCAACUCCUCAAUUGGAGCAAUUGGAGGUUGGACACUUGCUGAUGGGCCGUCGGUACCCGAGGAAUUGUUUGACAAUUGCGAAGUAACGCUGAAUCAAGGAUAUGGACAAGCUAAGCAUGUCUGUGAACGUAUCUGUCACGCAGCAUCUCGAGCUGGUGUUCCAACAACUAUUCUUCGUCUAGGCCAGAUUGCAGGCCCAACCACUGAGGAAGGUGCCUGGAAUUCAACAGAAUGGCUACCAUCCAUUGUUUUAACGUCGAAAUCUAUCGCAAAGAUCCCCAAAACUUUGGGAUCAAUGCCUGUAGAUUGGAUCCCCGUGGUAUGUAUCGUUAUCUUUCCAGCUACCUACUUCAUGAAAAAUUAG